UUCGCAUCAGCUAUAAAAAAAAAAAAAUUUAAAAAAAAGCAAGAUAAAAGUGUAGUGCUGAAACGUCGUUGAUGUCCUUGAAAGUAACAUGCUAACAUGACCGGAAUAAGCUUGAGUCACAUGUUAUUAUUUUGAUUUGAGAACCACAAGUUUGGAAGACAGCAAAGUCAUGAAUUCAAGCAGCAGUAGCAACAAGUUGGACAAUGCUACUUUGUCCUUCAUCAAGAAUGUUAACACCAGCAUUGCCAUCUCAGUCAUCUACAUGGUGGUUACUGUUAUUAACCUGGUGGGUAAUGGCCUGUCCAUGUGGCUGCUGCUCUUUCGGACCUCUCCCAAAACUCCGUCUAUAAUCUUCAUGAUAAACCUGACCCUCACUGACCUGGCUCUAGGUGCAGCUCUGCCGUUUCAGAUCACCUACCAGCUGCAGGGGUACAACUGGAGUCUGGGACCCAACAUGUGCAGGUUUCUAACUAUGAUGUUCUUCACCAACAUGUACUGCUCCAUUCUUACCAUGAUGGCCAUUGGCAUUGACCGCUACCUGGGCAUCGUGAAGCCUAUGUCCUUUAGAGAGACCAGACGGAAGAAGUCUAUGGCUAUCAUCAGCUGUCUCUUAAUGUGGGGUUUAGUCUUGAUUGUUUUAUACCCACUGAUGACCACGGACCUGACCUUUGAUAUUCCUGAACUUGGAAUAACCACAUGUUUCGAUGUCCUGAAGAAAAACAUGCUUCCGUCUCAAGCCGCGUGGGCUGCCUUCCUCUUCGGCAUGAUUUUUGUACUCUUUAUCUUCCCUUUCUGCAUUACAACAUUUUGCUAUGUCAAAGUUAUCAAACAGCUGGCAAAAGACUCGAAAACAGCCCAAAAAGAUAGAGCAAUACGUUUGGCUGUUAUUGUUUUGCUGGUCUUCACCUUUUGCUUUGCCCCGAACAACUUUCUCUUACUAGCCCACACGGUUAUGAAGCUGUUUUUCAAAAAAUCCCUCUACAUGGCCUACAAACUGACUUUAUGUUUCAGCUGUCUCAAUAGUUGCAUCGACCCAUUCAUUUACUAUUUUGCCUCUAAGGACUUCAGGCAAAAGCUGAGGCAGAUCAUGAACUGGCACAGUGUCAGCAGUAUGGAGUCAAAGCAGGAGCACAGGGAAAUUUUGUAUUCAAUGCAAUGUGGUUCUGAAGGUCAACAAAGUAAGCAGCGGGUAUCUUUGAUGUAAUAAUGCAACUGAAAAACGGAGAAAGGAAGGAAGUGAAAGCACAAUAAACUUUCUCUAUGUUGUACAA